AUGAAGAAAAACUCCAAGAGAAACCACGCUUCAAGAGUUUCUGACAUAGAAUUGAACUCUGUGGAUGCUGAAAAGGAAAAAAAAGAGUGUCAAAAUAAUUUUGUUGAACUGCUGCCUCCAGAAGUUACUUUUAAAAUUUUCAGUCAGCUAGACAUCCGGAGCUUGUGCAGGGCUUCGGUGACAUGCAGGAGCUGGAAUCAUGCAAUAAGACACAGCGACUCCUUGUGGAAACCUCACUGCCUGACUGUAAGAGCUGUUUGUCAAAGAGAGAUAGAUGAUGAUCUAGAGAGUGGUUAUCCCUGGAGGGUCAUACUACUGAGGAAUUACCAGAAGAGUAAAGUGAAACAUGAGUGGCUAACUGGCAGAUACAGCAACAUAUGUUCUCCUGUCAGCCUACCAGAAAAAAUCAUGUACCCAAUGGAUGCAGACACAUGGGGGGAAAUUCUAGAAGCAGAAUUGGAAAGAUAA